AUGGCGAAGCAAUGGUUUUCUCGCGGUGAGCUUUGUGCACUGCAGCAGUCUCUGCUGCAGAGUUCGCUUCCCCCUCCUGUGGAUUGGCUGGACUUUGAGGCGGAGGCGGUGCGAGAAGCACUCUACUGGGCGAUGAAGAGUGCUGAUGAGAAUCGCGACAAGUCCGCUCGCGUCAUAGCAGCACUGUGUCUCUUAAGAUUCCAGUGGGAGGACCUUCUUAAGGAAACCGGAGCGGAUCAUGGCCAAAUGUACAACGGAUACAGCUAUGUGCCGGCAGAGCCUGAGUAUCCGCGGCUCACAGAGCAGGAGCGGGUCAGGGCGCUCACGGCAGAGUGGAGCCACAGCCGAGUCGACCGGCAGGUUCGCGAGUUGCGACAUGCUCUGAGAAUUAUCCCCGCUUAUUUCGGUUCCAACUUGAACCGAGAGUGGGAGAGCUACUUCAAAGCUGCUACGGAGCAGCUUCAGAUCACGAUGAUGCUGCUGGAAAUCGUGCACAACUUAGACUAUAGACUGCUUGAAGGCCUCGAAAUGGAGGAGAAGAGUUAG